CUUUAAAAUGAUGAAAUCAGAAUAUUUUGAUGGCUUUCUUUAGAUGGUUUAUUUUGACUCCAUCAUUAUGCUGUUAUUAAGCUUUACUAGCGCAGGAAAAAAUAUUCUUUAUACAAUGUAUUCGAAUUACGGUUUUAAUACACUCGCAUCACUCUAGUAUGUUUGCAAUUAUCUUUUUGGGCCAAUGAUGUUACUAGUAGUGGAUAAAAUUAUUGAGUCAGUCAACUUUAAAAAAAUAUUCAUUAUUAGUUCAUUUAACUUAAACAUUUUUUUAGUUGGCGGAAUUUUAGUAGCAGGAUGUUAGGAAUAAUGCUCAAAGGCUUUAGUUGAAACGAUCACAGUGAUUACAUCUUUGAUUGCUGGUGUUCUUUAAACAAUUUUUUAUGUUUCUUUUGUUGCUUAUAUUAAUUUUAUGUGCAACAACUCAAAUAGAGAAUUAUUCUUUGGAAUAAGUUUUUCUUUUACUAGCAUGUCGAAUAUUUUAUCAAAUAUAAUUGGUAUGUAAAUAAAUAUAUUUAAGGCUAUUAUUUAAACUAAUAUUUUGAUAUAUUUACAUUCUAUAUCAUAAUUGUUAUCAUCUCUAUUAUUUUAUAAGCACUAUUUUUCUGUAUUCGUGAUAAUAAAAUUUAGAAGAAGAGAGAAGCCAGAUCAAUGUUGGAGGAAAUAAAAUAUUAAUUAUUAGCUUUGUACAAAUAAAUCAGCUUUAAGAAAUAUUGUUUAUUUUUAGGAGUUCUAAUUUUUGCUGGUUUGAUGAAUUCUGUAAUUUACUUAUUUAUACCUGUUCUUGUAUAAAAACUAGGAUUCUAAGAAUCUGAAUUGUAUAAUAAAAUUUUUAUAACAUUCUUAAUAACUGGAAUUGGUUAAGUGAUUGGCGGGAUAACAGCAGGCAAAUUAAGCGAAAGGUUUAAAGAAAAUUAUGUAUUAUAUUUCAGUUUCUUAAUUAAUUUUAUUGGUAUUUUGUUAUCCUAAAUUGGAAAUACAAAUAAUAAUUAUUUAUUAACAUUAUUUGGAUGUGCAUUAAUUGGAUAUUCAGAUAGUUCCAUAUCAUCUUUAGCUUUAAUAGUAAUUACAAAAUAAAUUUCUACAAAAAAUCAUGCAUUUGCAGGUUACAAUUUAUGUUAGAGUCUUGGGUUUGGAUUAUCAUCAAUUUGGUGGGCUAUUUUUAAUGAGAAAUCUUUACUUUAUGACUUUUCUUAUCUUUACAUAACAACAUUUUUAACCCUUAUUUCAUUUAUAAUAUAUAAUCAGUAUUUACUGAAAGAAGGGUAGACAAUUUAAAAAGAUUAGAUUAAGUUUGUUAAUUCUACGUGA